AUGUUUCAUAAGGUAAUUAUGUUGUUUUUGGUCAUGACUUUGGCCGUGGCAAGCGCUGGGGUUCCUGGUGCCCCUGUAGACGCAGACAUUAAUGAUAAAGAUGUUCAGAAGGCAUUACGGUUUGCAGUGGCCCAGUACAACAGACAAAGCAACGAUGUUCGUGUGUGGAAGGUUUCCAAGGUCAUCAGGGUCCAACAACAAGUUGUCGCUGGCAUGAAAUACAUCUUCACUGUGAAGCUGGCCAGAACCAACUGCAGAAAGGGUGGAGUUGAGGCCAUGUGUGUCAUUUAUAAAGAUCAUCAACGGGUCAUUCAGUGCAAAAUAACGGUUUGGAGCCAGCCAUGGUUAAACUCUUUUAAAGUCACUGAACUCACCUGCCGGUAG